AUGACGAUCAAGUUCAUCCUCCUAGUCAACAAACAGGGCCAGACGCGCCUCGCUAAGUACACUGAGAAUAUGUUGGGCACAGAGGAUAGGUGUGCGUUGGAAGCCGAGAUCGUGCGAAAGUGUCUCGUCCGCUCCGACAAGCAGUGCAACAUUGUAUAUCAUGACAACUACAAGGUUGUGUACCGAAGAUAUGCGUCACUCUUCUUCCUUGUUGGCGUCGACAACGAGGAGAAUGAGCUGGGCAUCCUUGAGUUCAUCCACUGCGUGGUGGAGACCCUGGACAAGUGGUUUAGUAAUGUGUGCGAACUGGACAUCAUGUAUAGCUUGGAAACGGCGCACUAUAUCCUAGACGAGAUGUGCAUGAAUGGGUGCAUUGUGGAGACCAACAGAUCGAAUGUGCUGGCGCCCGUGCACCUCCUCGAGAAGGCAACGACGUGA